AUGCCACUUCCGGAAACUGUCAAAGUGUGGGGGAAACCCGGGGAACUAGCUCUUAAGGCAAUCUGUUUCCUCGCAGAGGGGAAAAUAACUUCCGAGCCACUGCUCUUAGGUCACUCACAUAAUGGAUACUCCAAAGUCCCUGCGAGGCCUGUGUGCGCCGCGGACAAGCCCAAAAAUGCGUCACUAGACGAGAUUGACCAGGAGCGGAUGCUAAUCCAGGACUGUGUCUCGCUGAUGGAGACGUACGCCGCCGAUCCGGUGCGCCGGGCGAGUCGUGGGCCGCAGGACAGUCCGGAAGACCUUCUGGUCAUCCUUGAAUCGCUGUCGCAUGGGCGAGGCUCUGCCGAAAAGCAGCUACACGACCUCAGUGGCCUCUAUCAUCUCUAUCAGCCCAUCCAGCAAGUAGUGCCGAUGCUCCUUCCCGAUCGCGGGGCCAGUGAGACCCUGGUCCGCUUUGUGCUGAGUGAGCUGUCAUGGCUGCAUUGUGGGGUGCGCACCGCGCAGUUCUGGGGGGAGCACCAGCUGUUUUGGGCAAUGAUGGAGCGCGGUCAUGGAGACCUACUCCAAGACCAUGCCUGGAUGGCCCUCUACUUGGGUAUUCUUGCGGCCGCAUGCCUGUACCUCAGUCCCGAUCAACGUCCGCCCCUGCCACAGCUGCUGCAUCUGCCACCGGGUGCAGUGCCAGCAACGGGCGAGGCGGAUCCCAGCGUAGCAUUGGCGAGGAUCUGGUUUGAACCCAUCAUCGUACAUCGAGUUUGA